AUGAUACAACAAUGGAACCCCUCGACAGAUAUGCCUGAUCUGAAGGGCAAAGUCGCCGUGGUGACAGGGGGAAGCUCUGGUAUUGGACUUGAGACUGUUAGGCUCCUGGCUCAGAAGGGAGCAAAGGUGUAUUUGACAACGCGCAGUGAAUUAAGAGCACAAGACGCCAAAGAAACGCUCGCCAAAGACAACAAUAUCGACCCUGAAAACGUUCAAUAUUUGCUGAUGGAUCUGUUUGAUCCGGCCAGUAUUACAAUUGCCGUAGACGAGCUGAAGAAGAAUGAAGCAAAACUUCAUAUUCUGAGUAUGUUUCGGGACUCUGCUUAUACGAUAAUUAUUAACGAUAUUAAAGUCAAUAAUGCGGCGGCAUCGACAUCAGCCACUAAUUUGGUUGAUGGGAAUCAUAUGGGACCUUCCAUACUGAUCAACCGGCUUUUGCCUCUCUUCAAAGCUGCCGCUGACGAUCCAAGAGCCGAUAUCCGGAUCAUAAACCUGAGCUCCACAGCGAGCAUCAGCAUGCUACCAGGAAACUUCAAGUUCAAUUUCGACUCAUCGACGUGUUUUAAGGACCCAGUUCUGUCAUACCCAUGGCAAUGGCGCUUCCUAGGAAGAUUCAUGUUUGGCUUCGACAUGAUUCGAUACGCUGUGUCGAAAGCAGCCGUGGUACUAUUCACACAAGAGCUCCAAAGAAUAUUUGAGAGACAGAAAUUACCAAUUACGUGUAUAGCCGUUCAUCCUGGUGAGGUACUUACCGAAGGCGUGCUGGCUAUUAACAACCUUGUUGUCAGGGCUAUAGCUCGCUUGUCAUUUAUGACGGCUGAGCAGGGUGCUGCCAAUUCCUUGUUUGCGGCGACGGCGACGGACGUCAAGAAGAAUACGAAAAAAUAUAGAGGAAAAUUUCUGGUUCCGGUGGGAAUGCUGGAAACUCCCAAUCAUGUUGCACAAGACGAUCGACAGGUAAAAGGCCUAUGGGAGAACACUGUCGUUGAGGUAAACAAGUGGCUCACGGAAAGGAAGCUUGCUCUAUUGGAGGACUGUUAG